AUGCAUAAUUAAGGCAAGAGGUUAUACAUUGACUUUUAAUAAUAGUCACCAAGAAAGUUUUAAAAUUUAAAGAAUAAGACUUAAGAAACUGAAAUACAAUUUGAUCAUUAUGGCAUAGUUCAAACUAGAUUUGAGAAUAAAAUUAAAUUAAACAUCAAAGAACAUAUUGAUUAACUUUUUGUAUGAAACUUCUUGUCCUAUUUUAGAUUAUUCUAAAAUCUAUUAAAGAAGAUUUAAAAAUUAGUCGAGAUGACAUGAAUAUUAUAAAAGAGGAUUUAUAAAAAAUGGAAUCUAAUUAAUAUAAAGAAGAAGAUCGCAUUACUAAAACUGUUCUCUAAAAUGUAUCCAUUUAAAUCCUAUUUAGAUAAAUAAAUAAAAAUAUGAAUUAAAGAAAUAACAACAUACAACAUCAAUUGUUUAUGGAAGUCUAAACUAACAAAUAUCAUCAUUAUAGAAUGAUAAAAUAUUUAUUAAAGAUCAUUCUAAUCAAGUUGAAUUAGAUACAAAGUUAAUUGAAAAUGAUAUUGGAUUUAGGAGAAUAUAUAAUAUAUGA